CUGUAAAAAAACUAAAAACUCGAUCUUUUUUCUCCAGGACUUAUAGCUGACAUUGACAUUGAGUCUGAGUACAGGUGGAUGGGCAGUGCUCGAUUUGAAUUUUAUGCAUGGUCUUAAACGGAUAGCCAGUCUUAGAAGGUAUAAUGGGUGUAUAAGGUUUGUGGCUGCACCCGGUCAUGAAGUUCACGGGGAGCCCAUCAAGCCACCCGAUGUUUAUUCGAGUGAUGCCCCAAAAUGUGGCUAUUGUGGGCCCAAUGUCGAUCCACAACAUAAUUCAAACUGGAGGAAGAUUGAUGGUCCUUUUUAUCGGUUUGGCUCCACAAUGUACCCUGGGGUGCCGAACGUACUAUGGCUGCACCUAAUGCCAAUUUUUCAGACGGCUGUUUGGACUUGGUUCUGAUUAAGGAUUGCCCGAAGCUAGCGCUGCUAUCGUUGUUGUCUGAAUUAAACAAUGGAGGCCAUGUCAAAUCCCCACACGUGUUGUACAUCAAGGUGAAGGCAUUUGUUUUGGAGCCCGGUUCAAUAGCGGAGGAUCCAUCCAAGGAAGGGAUCAUGGACGUGGACGGUGAGGUUAUUGCUAGAGGUAGAAGAACAUACAAAUGGGAGGGGAAAACCUUAAUGGCUUAUGACAGGCUUCAUAUUGGUGUAGACCAAGGGCUGGCUACUAUCUUUUCUCCUAUUUAGGGUCCUUUUUUUUGUUAGUGGGUUUUAUUUUAUUUCCCUUCAAAAAUGUGUGUUUUGAACUUAUGUGAAUCAUCCCUCUUAUACCCAAAAAGAAUGCAUACAAAUGGAUAUCAUAGUCUACUAUGCAAAAACCUUACUUGAAUAGGAUGUGAAGGACUAUAAUCCAAAGAAUUAUGAGACAAUAUUUGAGUAGUAAAUCAUUCUCCCUCCCCACUUGAAAUAAUUUUCUCAUUUUGGA